AUGUCUCUCAAUGGGCUAGAUAAUCCCGCUGUUCUAGAAGCCUAUCAGACCGCUUUAAGUGAAGCGGGAGGAUGGUUUCUUCUCCAGUAUGUAUCAAGGGAUGAAGUGGCUCUGCUCGAUCGGGGAACCGGCGGGGUGCCCGACGUCCGGAAUGCGAUCGACAGUUAUGAAGAAAAGUCUCCGCUCUAUGGAUUUCUACAAUACCGACGCAGAAAGGUAGUGCUUAGCUAUCUACCGGAGGGCAUCUCCAGACUCGUGCAAGCACGUACGACCGUACAGUUUCAGUCAAUUUUGGACAAAUUCUCCCCACAUGAUACUGUGUUUUCUCUUUCACAGCUAUCGGAGCUCACCGAGAGCGCACUGUCUUCCGCAUGUCUACUACAUACGGCUUCAGGUUCUAUUACCUCCUCGAAUUCCCUCCGCCGUCGCAGGCUGAUGGAAAUCGCGGAAGAUGCAGAGGAAACCCCCGGAAGUAAAGACGCUCCUCCACCGCCAGUCCCGAGCAAGGACUUUCGACAAAGGUCAUUUAGCCAACUAUCAGAAGCAACUGUCAUCGUCUCGCCGGUUACCUCCGACGCACAUUCCAUCCUCCACGGCACCGAAACCUCCCUAGCUACGACGAACACCCAAGCCAACGGUCGACCUCCUUCGAUUGCCGGCGACUACCACUCCGAACGUCCAGCUUCGCGAAAGAGCUCACGGGAUGAGUUGUCAAUUUUUGAGCCUCGAAGGUCUACUCAGUCCGCUAGACCAUCUUUAAAAGAUCUGGAACGUGCAAGUACGUACACACCAAAGGUCAAACUCGGUCCCCGGCCUUCAGUAGAUGGGAGUGGGCGGCCACGCACCGCAGGUAACCUAUCAAAAAGUGCAGAACAGCGGCCGGUCGCCUCCUUGCCAGCAGGUAUUCGGUCGUCGUCCUUGCGAAGGAGCACCCCUAGUCCUGCCCGCCCGCGAUCCCAGGGAAGCACUGCAGCAUCCAUGUCUGGCCGAACGGUGCCUCCUGUGCCUCCUUUACUAGUACCUCCCCUAUCAAUGCCUAUUUCUAGACCUCAGCUGUCGCCUGGAGCCAAGUCAUUGAGCGCGUUAUCGUCAUCCGGAACAUCCCACGAAAAGGAGCGGCUAAUGAAGGCACUUCAGCUACGGAAGAUGCAGAUGGAAAAGAAGGCACAGGAAGGGAAGGAAGGCCAUAGAGCUUCUGAGGAAAGAAAGGAACCAAUACCUGACCCGAUUGAAGACAAGGAGAAUAUUGGUCAUGCCCAUGACAACAUGAAGCGUGUCCAAGCGAACGAGAACAAGACCCGCAUCCUGGAGCAUAGCAAGGAUCAUCUGUCGGAGGCUCAACCCUCCAUUGUUCCAGGACCAAUCGAAGUACAUGAUGGAGUCAUCCAAACCUUCUCUGAUCCCAUAAUCUCAGAGCCAGCCCCUGACAUGGCAAUUACUGAUCUGCGUGUCACUUCUGAAACAAAUGCGAAGGAUUCAGCCAAAAUUGAAGAGCCUUCGGAGGCGGACCACUGUCAGUCUGCACAGGAUAUUUCUGAACCUGAAAAUGAUGUUGUUGAAGAGGGUUUGACUAGGUCCAUUGAUGGCGAGACUAAAAGUGGUCCCGGCUCGCCUAGCGCGGCCAAAGAAGUCCCACUUGAGGACAGGUCCGUCAAAACUCCAGACGAAGAAAUUGCUGUGGCUUCUCCACCAGUCGAGAAUCCUCUUAUCCCUGUUGAACAGGAGGCCGACAUCAUAGGAGAGCCUACUGAGUCUCCCCUCCCUCAGUCCAACCCCGUACCUACAUGCUCGUCCCCUGAUUCUCGCCCAAGUUCAAGUUCCGACUCCUCAACUGCCAUCGAAAGUCAUAACACUGUAACACAGAAUGACCUAGCCCUUGAGCUGUCGAUCGCGGAGCAAAAGGACGUUGAUACACUGAGAGAAAAGCGUAGACCCCACCUCGAACCUAUCCAAGUACCAACUCCUGAAUAUUCGGAUGACGAUAAUCUUUCCGAUGAUUCAUUCAUGGAAGAAUUAAAGAGUGCCACCCUGGAAGAAGCCAGGCCCAUUUCAGUUGGGAAGUCGCCGCUAUCCCCGGGCUAUUCUAAUAAUGGAAACGACCGAAGCCCCCCUGAUGCCUGGAAAAAUUCACGAGCGGUUUCCAACCCAAGCGCUACCGGGCGCCAAUCACCUAACUUACACGCACUAGCCGUGGGAAGGUCUGUAUCGACGCCCUACAAUGAAGCUGACAGCCCUGUCCUGGUGGCCAAGAAGAUCAAUGUGUCGUCGGGAAUCUCAAACCGGAUCAAAGCCUUACAAAAAUUUUCGAGUCGGGCCGAUGCACAACCGACCUCAGGUCAAAACUUAACAGCACCUUCUACGUCGGCUUCCUUUGAGGCUCUUAGGAAGCGAGCCUCAGCCUCAUUGAAUGUUAAUUCGGAUUCAGCUCUAGGAUCUAGGCAUGGAUCUUUCACAUCUGAAAGUUUCUCUCGGGCUUCUAGCGUGAGGCGCCGCGACUCACAAUCCAGUACAAGUGUCAAGCGUACGAAUUCGGUAUCGGUUACCGCCAGAAUAGUCCGUGACUCCAAUACUACCCCAGGAGAGGCUGAACCUUCUGAUAACAGAGUUCUCAAUCUCCACGCCAGUCCACUGACCGUUGAGCGUGACGAUUGCGGGUCUCCUUCGCCGGAUUCAUCAGCAGAGCCUGUAACUAUCAAGACGGAAAAGCGCAGCAUGUCUACCUCUUCUGCCGGCUCAGGCAACCAACCCCUUGCGCCAGCAAUGCGACGGUCAGAGAGCCGGAUGUCUAUCUCUUCUAUCUCCGAAAAUGAGACAGCCUUACAACCUGCCACUGAUGUCCCUCUGUCUCCCGAAGGAAAAAAGGAAUCCCGCACUUCUCGACUUCUUCGUCGUAUGUCAUCUAUCACCUCAAGUACACGGAAGAGUCCAUUUAGCUCACUUAGUCCGGUGGUAAAAGAAGAAAGCAUGCCGCUUGAUACAGGUGUUGAGAUUGCGCAGGCAAUUGACAUCGGAGAGGUCAAUGUCCAAUUCCCUGACACUCUGCUUUGGAAGCGCCGAUUUGUUCGCGUCGACGACAAGGGUUACUUGGUUCUGACCCCUGGGAACGUUGAUUCGAGUAACCGCAGCAUGGUCAAACGGUAUCAUCUCACUGAAUUUAGAACGCCUACUCUACCGGAUGAGGAUCGACAGGAGCUUCCCAACAGUAUUUUGCUGGAUUUCCUCGAUGGAAGCACUCUUCAAUGCGCCUGCGAAUCACGGCAAGGGCAAGCCUUUAUCCUCCAAACUCUUGUCGAUGCUCACAGAACCCAUCAACAACUGUCCCAAUAG